AUGUGUGAACUCCCUGUGGUUGGGAGUUUUUCCCGCCACGGUAGCUGCUGGCUGUCAUCCCGUUUUUUCCCGCGCGAAAUAGUUGCCGUGGAAGCGGAUGCUGAGAGUCCUUCUAACAACAAGAAGAGAAGAGAGCUGCAAAUCUCUUCUUCUUCAUUGACUCUCAGUAUGUUAACAGAAGGCUAUAAAAGGAACAAAACACACUCAACUCAAGACAAUACAACUUUAUUUCCACCUCGGCUUUUCCAAAACGUGAUGGGUGGGCAAUUUUCAGCAAAAAGUAAGCCAGAAUCCGAUUCUUCUGGCGACAUAGCAUCCGAAAAAUAUUCGUGUUUAUCUUCUCGUGUUUCAAACGAUAAUAUAAACAAAGAAACAAUUCAAAGUGAUAGCUCAAAGAGGAGACGAAGCAUAGCAGAAGUGAGUGAGUACAAGAACUCUGGUGUGGAAAAAAUUCCUCGUAAAAAGCUUAAAAUAAGCAUGCUGUAUGAAGACUACGAAACAAGAAACUCUUACAUGGCAGCGUUUUUUAAACUUUUAGAUGACGACAUCAUUCAAGACUUCCUCUGGAUGGAUGGAUGUGCAAAAAUUUCUGAUAAAUACUUGCUUUCUAUGGUAUACACUUAUUUUAGACGAGGCAAAUUACAAAGACGAGAGUUUAACCGGCUUAACUUCUUCGUAGCUCUCUAUCUUGCGAAUGAUAUGGAAGAGGACGAGGAAGACGACAAGUACGACAUUUUUCCAUGGGCCUUAGGAAAAAGAUGGCGCGAGCUGUAUCCGCAGUUUCUUGUUAGGAGAGAUAUUUUGUGGAAAAAGAUGGAAUACAGAGCUGUUGUAAGCCGCCAAACUUGUGAAGAGGUAAUGAUGAUUGUUCCAGAUCAUCCAAUUUGGUGGCGUUCAAGAAGACCCCAUCAUGGAGGUGCUUGGAGAGAUAAUUCUAUAUCAGAUGUGGAUCCUUCCAGCAGCCCAAGGGGACCAGGUUCAAGUCCUGUUAUUUGCAGCAAGUGUAGAGUACCACAUUCAAAGCAAAAUGAUACUCCAACCUCUACCUCUGACUAUAGUUCACAGUCAUCAUCUGAGUCAAGUGGCUUCUCAAGCUUUGAUAUGGAGUGGAGCUGA